AUGGGGAGAGGAACAAGCACCGAGACCAUGAAGCUGUUCUGGUCAUUAGACAGUCCUGUGCACAGACAUUCAACUACACAGUCCUCUGCAAAGACAGGUGACUACACAGUCCACCACACAGAGUCCACUGCAGACAUUUCACAGCACACACAGUCCAUCAAUCCACAGCACACACAGUCCACCAGUCCACAGCACACACAGUCCACUAGUCCACAGCACACACAGUCCACCAUCCACAGCACACAGUCCACUAGUCAACAUCACACACAGUCCACUAGUCCACAGAAGACAGUCCACCAGUCCAGCACACACAGUCCACUAGUCCACAGCACACAGUCCACAGCACACAGUUUACUAGUCCACAGCACACACAGUCCACAGCACACACGGUCCAGUAGUCCACAGCACACACAGUCCACCAGUCCACAGCACACACAGUCCACUAGUCCACAGCACACAGUCCACCAGUCCAGCACACACAGUCCACUAGUCCACAGCACAGACAGUCCACUAGUCCACAGCACACAGUCCACUAGUCCACAGCACACAGUCCACCAGUCCAGCACAGACAGUCCAUUAGUCCACAGAUCCCGUCAUGAUGCGGAGGAAGCAGAUGAGCUGAGCCCUGAACAGGCCAAGAAACUGCUGGAACAGCUGGCCGUGAAACACGACCUGGAUGGAGAUAAACGAAUCUCCAGGGAUGAGUUCAUCACCUGGAUCCUGCAGUCUUUCAAGUAG